AUGGCGCUCCAGCUCCUCUUGACUUCUCUACUCCUCCUUCGGGUCCAAGCAGCACCAACACAUGUCUCGCCUGAGGAGAUGGCCCUGAUCACACCUGCCCCAACAGCAACUCUAGCAAUAUAUGCCCAUGCCAGGCGAGGGGUCAUUAGCGAUCUUACAUCUAGGCUUGACUCGUAUGUGAGUGGAGUCUUCAGCGAGCUGGGUUCAGCCAUUCCGUCGUACGUGACAGAGGGUAUUCUACCCAACGAGGUGGAUCUACCAACAGGUAGCCAGGUCCUCAGUUCUGCUGGCGUCGGUAGCAAUGAUAUGGCUGCUGUCCCAACACAGGUGCUGAACAUCCCGGGCUACGGCAACUGGACCGAAAGUGGCUGGAGCCUCCGCAUCCACGGCAAUGUCUUCAAACAACCCAAUAUCUCGCAAGACACCGUGGAUGACCUUGCCAAUUUCUUCCUCAUCGAUACUAGUGUCGCCCACUUGCCUCCUUCGCAGCAAGCACAGGCGCGGAAUCUGACACGGGAGAUAUAUGUUGUUCAGCAGGGUGAUGUUAACAUCACGAUGGACAUCCUCCCAGGACCACAGGCUGGCUCGAGUGGGCAACCUGGUGGUGGUGGUGGUGGUGGUGGUGGAACAACGCCUGCUGGAGGAGAAAACCUGAUCACACUCCCCGACCCGACUACCGAUCAGGGAGACUUUGACGUCUUUGUCCCUAUCGAUAAUUCAACCCUGGCUGUUCAAGCUGGAACCGGAGAAAUUCCUCCUCAACGGGUAAAUGUAUAUGCCCAAGGGACGGAUACAGGAAAUGCGACGUCAUAUCUUGUUUCGGAUCAAGGUUUCACGAUAAUCAGUGACAUCGAUGACAUUCUCCGUGUUACCAAAAUCUAUGACCCGAAAGAAGGUCUUUUGAACUCUUUUGCGCGCCCAUUCACUCCUUGGAUGAACAUGCCAGAUAUCUACCGAAACUGGUCCGUGAGCCUACCAAAUAUGCAUUUCCAUUACCUGACAACGACUCCUGAACAAAUCACUCGGAACUAUAUGGAAUUCAUCUACAACACCUAUCCUGGGGGUUCUUUUGACACCCGCCCGCUGAACUUCAGCGACCUCUCAGCGACGCUUUCCAUCCGCAAAUUCCUUCUUGACAAGAUCUUCCUCACCUUCCCCAACCGCAAAUUUAUUCUAGUGGCCGACACCAGCAACAGCGACGUGAUGAAGGACUAUCCGAAGAUGGCCACUGAGUACCCAGGACAAGUUCAAUGCAUUUUCCUGCGUAACACUUCCUCCACUGACCCGACCGAUAAAUUCCCUUACAACACCGAAGGAUUUAAGAACCUCAACCAGCAAAGCUACAUGUUCUUCAAGGUUCCCGAUGACCUGACAGGGUUGGACAUCAUCAAUGGCCAGUGUUACAACGCCAGUAUCCCCCAGAAUCUGACGUUUGGAUACCAAGGCCUCCCAUUCGGCAUCGACGACCAGGGAGAUGGUCAGAGCGGAAACAGCAGUGGGAGUGGAAACGGAGCGUCACGAUUACUCGGGAGUGGAACUGGCUGGGGCAGCAUUACGAGCUUGUCUGCUUUCAUUCUUGGAGUUCUGAUGUUCAACGCAUUGUGA